UCACGUUACAUCGUGUUGCCAUUCUGCCGGUGCAGAGCUGUUCCAUUGUUUGGAUUGAGAGGCGGAAGAUCUGUCUCUGUUUCCAGCUGAAGCUGUUAUUGGGUGUCAGUUUUGCAGUGUUGUUUCAUUGUCCCUCUUCAUGUGGACAUUAGGAAGUCCGGCAGGCUAAUGAACUAAAAAUGCAACUGUCACGCUUUGCAAAUUAAUGCAUCUGCACAAAAAUAAUCGGAAAAGCAAAAAUCGGGAGAACAGCGGGUUCUGAUCAGCAGCCAGGAAGCCUCGGGUUUGCUUGUACGACGUGACCAAGCCCCCAUUCAACAUCUGAUCCUCAGGAUUUUCAGUAAGGGGAAAUUAAUAAAAAAAAAUGAAGUACACAGCCCGAGUGCCAGGCCAGGAAUACACACAAUAUGCCAACUGAAGAGAAUCACAUUUUGAAUGACAUUGAGGUAAACUGAGCCAGAACCCAAGAUCUGAAGAAUCAUGCCAAAGAAAGUCAGGACCUAGCCAGUAAAUCUCCAUGAGCUGAAAGUUUGAAAGACCUUCAAGGCUGUUGAAGAAACUAGCGAGUCAAUCAACUGACUCCACACAGAUUUCCAGAAAGGAUCUGCAUUCUGAGCUGUGAAGUGAUGUUUGUUGAAACUUCUGCAAGAUCUGAGUUGCUGUUAAUAAUUUGAGAGCAUCAUGAGUGGGAUUUUGAAGAGGAAGUUUGAAGAUGUUGAAGGAGCCUCACCAUGUUCAUCUGUAAGGGAGUCAGAUGAUGAGAUCUCUGAAAGUGAAAGUGCAGAAAGUGGUGACAGUGUGAACCCAUCCACUUCCAGCCAUUUUACUCCGUCAUCAAUCCUGAAAAGGGAGAAGCGGAUGAGGACAAAGAAUGUUCGCUUUGAUUAUGUGACUGUCUAUUACUUCACACGGCGACAAGGCUUCACUAGUGUCCCCAGCCAGGGUGGCAGCACACUGGGUAUGUCCAAUCGGCACAAAUGUGUACGCCAGUACACGCUUGGAGAAUUUGCCUUGGAGCAAGAGAGAGUCCAUGGAGAGAUGCUGAAAGAGCAUCUGAAAGAGGAAAAGCUCAACUCACUGAAAUUGAAGCUAACAAAAAAUGGUACAGUAGAGUCUGAAGAAGCCAAUACACUGACUUUAGAUGAUAUUUCUGAUGAUGACAUUGACCUAGAUAAUACAGAAGUGGAUGAUUACUUCUUCUUACAACCAUUGCCGACCAAAAAGAGAAGGGCCUUAUUACGGGCUUCUGGGGUUAAAAAGAUUGAUGGAGAGGAGAAACAUGAACUCCGUGCAAUUCGUGUAUCCAGGGAGGAUUGUGGCUGUGAUUGUCGAAUAUAUUGUGAUCCUGAGCUUUGUGCUUGUAGUCAAGCAGGGAUUAAAUGCCAGGUGGACCGUAUGUCUUUCCCGUGUGGAUGCACAAAAGAAGGCUGCAGCAAUACUGCAGGCAGGAUUGAGUUCAACCCCAUCAGAGUACGGACACACUUUUUGCAUACGAUAAUGAAGCUGGAGUUGGAGAAAAAUCAACAGCAGCUUGGGAUGGAGAAUGGUUUCUCAGGAGACAUGAAUGCUCAUGCCAAUCAUCUGCUACACAGCCAGCAGCCCCAUGAAUAUUCUGUUGCAGAUAGUUUUGACAUUGAAAAUGAACCUGAAACAGCAGUGAUGCACCUUCAGUCAGCAGAAGAGUUGGACUGGCAAGGAGAAGAUGACGAGGAGGAGGAUGAUGAUGGGAGCAGUUUAUGCAGUGGCAUAACAGACUCGAGCGUGCAGAGCUUGGCAGCCAGUGAGUCAGAUGAAGAGGCAGACAGCAAAGCUGAAAACUUUACUGAAGCAUUGGCUGCCCCUGUUGUGACACAAACUGAGGCUAUUCCACUUUCUUCUGUAUUAUGCUAUGCUGAUGGCACGUCUGCUCAUGAUAGCACAGCAUCUGAGGAUGCCUCUUAUUUCUCUAAUUCUUCAACACUGUAUUAUCAGAUAGAAGGAAAUACUGCAAAUGCUACCACAACUGCUACUACCAGCACUACAACUGCUACUACAGAUUGUGGCAAUGAGCCUUUCUGUGUAGAAGCCACUUUAACAUCAAACUACACAGAGAGGAGUCAGGAGAAUGAAGCACUUUCUUUGGUGCCUUAUGGCUCAGCUGCAGAGCAAUACAUUGACUACACACACCAACCAGAGGGAAGCUUUACCAGUCCUCACUAUCCCAUAACAACACCUUCUGUUAUAGUUUGUUGUCCUUCAGCACAUGAAAAUAAUACUCAGUGUAACAGCCUAUAUGCUGAGCAACGACCAAACCACACUCAAGCAGAGCUUCAAAGUUAUUUAAAUAACCAUGUUCAAGAUGACUUUGUUGCUACUUCAAAUGGGGAUGUUUAUGCACCUAAGCAGGUACUGGAAAAUACCAUCAUCCUCCCAGAGGGCAACGGACUGUUAGAAGAGACUAUCAAAACAUCAGUAGUGGAAACUGUAUUUGUUUAGUGUGCUCAAUCACUCCACUUUUUUGUUCUUUACUCCAGUUAACCAGUUAUUCAGAAUGGAAAGGAGUGUAACUUUAAAUAGUUUACAUGUUUUUAACAACCACCAUCUUUAGAUUAACUGGUCAGUAAUGGUAGUUGAUGCCACUAACAUUCAAUCCUUUAAAGACUGCAAGAUAUGAUUGGAAGCAGACUUUAUACAAUUCUUAAUCCACAGCUAUGAAAUACUGCAAUGGAUAUUGUGUGAUUUGGUAUAAAGCCAUCGUAGUCACUGAUUAGUUAUGACUUAUGAAAGUAUUUAACUGUUAAACAAGCAUUACUGGUGAAGGAUAUCAACCCAGCCAGUUUGAAGAAUCAUAUCACAAGCUUUGCUUUUGGCUUUUAAUCUGCAUCACAUUCUCAAAAAUUUAAAUUAAGGUCCUAGUUUUCAACAAAACAUGUGGAUAUAACUUACGUACUGUUAUAUGUGAAAAUUAUGGAACUAAUUUUAUUGUGUCAUCUGUGAAUUUAUUUAUACCAGUUAGUGUGCAAUUAUGUGAAGUACAUGUUAAUUAUUCUUGUUGGUAGCUGUAUACAUGGGAGACUGAUGAAUCGAUCCAUGACCAGCGGCAAAAGAUUUUGUUUUAAAUGAUAUAGAUCUUGUUUUUAAUUAAGGUGACACUUUUUGAGCUUGAUAUAAGUGGGCAGUUCCUUUUUUACUGUGUUUUUAUUCAGUUGUGAAACCAACAUCUGAUGUAAAACAGAAAUCUGUGUGGAUGUAUCUUGCAGCUGUAAGAAUUAUCCUAGAACAGGUUGUUGUGUUUUGACCUAUAGUACGUACAAUUGAGCUGGUUCCAUUGUAAUGCAUAAGGAAUCCUCUACUGCUAUUUUUCAUCUGACUACAUUGAAUAUAUAGAAAAAAAAAGUCUACCAUUUAAAAAUAUUCAUACUUUCAACAACAUGGAAAUGGAGGGACUGAAAAGACAAUCCACUUUUGUUACCACUAAUAUCUUAACGAAAUACAUAUUCGUUCAAUCAAGCAGACUGAAGUGAAAUCUUUACUACAACAAUUGUUGAGUUCUAAGUGCUGUGCAUUUAUCCAGUGAAAAUUUAGUAUUUUUUAUAAUAUUUCUGUUUUGUCAGGCUACAUUGUUGAGGACCUGAGUUUAUUUUCUUUAUUGAAACACUUGACUGUAGGAUUUUAUUUUUUGCUCACUUACUAAUAUCUUCUGACUAUAUGAAGCAGCCACAAACUGGAACAGUGCAGAGAUUGAAUUUGUCAAUAGCAUUCCUUCCAGCAUGUAAAAGUCCAGAAGUGACUUUUAAAAGACAUUCCAGGAAAAUGUUACUUUGGUUUAUUAUCUCACAUUAGAGUGUGGAUGUGCUUCUGUACAGUGAAAAACGCUCAGACUACCAUAGUAAAAAUCAUUAGUUAUCAGAACCUCAUUUAAACACUUCAUUAAAUAGUUUCUGAUAUCUUUUGACAGCAAUCAGAGGGUGUAAGUUAUGCUAUAUUAUUUCCUGGUUGAUUAUUCACUUCAUACAAUGCAUCUUACUUUACAUUCUGCUCCUAGUCAGCAGUUAUGUAAGUGAUUAAAUGUUUGAAUUUCAGUUUUAUAAUUUAACAAAUAUAAAAUUGAAAGGUUCUGAAAGUCUAAGUGCAAUUUUAUUUAAAAAUAAUGAUUUGAAGCCUCACAUUUCAAAAAUUUGAGCAGGACACUGGACAUUCUCUGCUAAUUCAUUGAUAUAUCUUAUGGUAAUUAUUACAGAUUACAUAUUAAAACCCAGUGGCUUCAUUUUGUGUGAAUUUAUACUGAUCUACUUGAAAUUUAAGGUGUGUCAUGUAAAUAGAAUAAAUAUCUUAACUGCCCAAUUGGACAGUAUUUACUUGAGGCAUGCAAAAUGCUUGUGGAACAAUGAAAGAAAGGCUCUGAAAACCAACUUCCCAACUAGACAUCAUUCACUCUACCUCCAUCCAAAAUAAUGGUUCAGAACCGCAAUCAGAGCAAAUGACAGGUAUGUCAUUAAUACAUUAACAUCCAACAUACUCUUGUACCACAUUUUGGUAGUACAGAGAUAGCAGCUGGAUUUCUCAAGAGUUUGUGAAUUUAGGUUAAUGUCUUCCAGCAGUUAUCUUCAUGUACUUCCUUGGUCAAUGACACCAUUGAGGAAAUACUGUUUCAACAACACAUUUGUUAUUCUUCAUGUAGGUACCUUCUAUUACUGUAUCUCCAACAAAUCUUAACAAAAAAAAGGACAAAAGUUUAAUUUUGCAGUAUGAUGGCAUGUGUUGAAGUGAAAGGCCUGUGAAUGAUUCCAUUUAAUUCAAGAGACUUAUUUUCCCCUGAAAAAUACAGAAGAAUCUGAUUAUAUUGCCUUAUAGCACUAAAGGUGAAAUGAUGCCUUUGGACAUAACUUUUGUCUUGCCAGGGUUGCCAUCUGACUCCUGACAUACUCGCACUACGGCAAAGCAGUCACUGGGAAACCAAACCUCCCCACCCUUCCAGUUGGAUUGCUAUGCAAUCAUUUAAUAUGUGGAUGGGCAUUAAUUCAUUUGGGGCAAGAUUUCCGCCCACACUGGGAGAGAAAGUCCUGUCUCUGAGAUCUGCCAGUCAGUUCAAUAACUAUCAUUCUCAGCAGUGCUAUAAGGAGCAGUGGCCACUGCUGGGACCAUGCAUAUGGGCUUACUGGAACUGUGUUUUAUUUUUAAAUAACCUUAUUGAAUAUCAUAAACCAUUUGGAUAAUAUUUGAGGCACUAGGCCUAAACAGGUAUAGCAUGUUAAGGCUGUUUAUAUAUUGAGAAAAUGCCAUCAGGUAACAGACAAGAUAUUCAAGAAAGACAUCUAAUUUUUGAUGAUAGUACAAAUAACAUAGAGUUAUGUAAUCACUAUAGCUCUUUUGUUCAUUACCUUUCAUAAAAAAUUAGUUGUAUAAUAAUUCAUCCCGUAAGAAAAUUGAGUAAACUGCUUGUCAUGAACACAGUUAAAAGAAAGGGAAGGUUUGGUCCAAGUCUGUAUUACAAAUUUACAUCAACAAGUACUUUUCAGAUAGAUUGUCAUCAACUUUAAAUUUUGAAAAGUACUUUAAUACUUACCAUCAUUGAGAGAGGAAUGGAAAUACACACUGGAAGUUUCUCAACUCACGUUUUGACAGGUAAUUCGUCUUAUUCAGAUCCUACCGUACAGGUAGUACUUUGCAUUGCUAUUUUUGAAAACUGUGGAUAUUGCAAGAAUUUAUACAGUCUACCUGUGACUCUAGUUGUGCCAAAAGAGGGUAGGCUAUGAAGCCACACAAUCUCAAUAACUGAAUUCAACCUGGGUCUUGUAAUAAGACUUCUCACAGUAAUGUAUCCUUGGUAGUAUUUAUCUGUGCAGUAUUUAUUAUGAAUGAUGAUACAAACAUUUGAUGUAUUUAUUGUAGUUUGUUGCAACAGUGUAUUACAAACUUCUUUCUCAAAUUUUACUGUAAUAUCUUUUUGUUGCUAGUAUAUUAGUGCUAAUUGUUAAGGCUGAAAUGUAUUAUACAAGCUUUGGUUUUCUGAUGUCUGCUUGUUUGUAUUCCAGCUUUUGAGAGGUGCAGGUUUAACAUUUGUCCAAUUAACUUGCAUCUUUGAGGUCUGUAAAACUGGACAAUCUAUUGUUACCGAAGUUCUUUGCCUUCUUUGCACAUACAGUUGUUGCUUAUAGAUGGUCAGAAUGUGAAAAUUCUGUGUUUAAUUAUUCCACAUUGCUGUAGAAAUGAGGCCAAAAUACAGUACUGAUUGAAUUUUCA